GCGGCCGGACUCCAUUUCCCAGCGCGCCCCGCGCCCCCGCCGCAGAGGCGAGGCCGGGCCGGGAAGAUGGCGGCGCCCGUGUCGCCCUUGGUUACUGCGCGCUGUCUGCUGCGGGCUUCGGUGCGGCGGGGCGCCCGCCUGCUACCGGUGCGGGCCGCCGCCCUGCGGAGAGCGUACACAGCUCAGGCAGGUGAGAAGACAGUCCCUGGUACUCCUACAGAUGCUAACGCCAGAGCAUUAUUGGUUUGCAAUGGACCUUUAGAACAUUAUAACUUUCUGAUUAAGCAAGAAGAGCUGAGGAAUGAUGAGCAACAAAGAAGAGUUGUGCAGCACCUGCAGAAGUUGCACGAGAGCCUUAAAGGCUACAGUAUUGGUUCAAAAAACCUUCUCUCAAAGCUUUUUGCAAAAAACAAACCUCCAAAAGGUCUUUAUGUCUAUGGAGAUGUUGGCACAGGAAAGACAAUGGUGAUGGACAUGUUCUAUUCUCACUUAGAAGUAGAAAGGAAAAAGAGAGUCCAUUUUCAUGGCUUCAUGCUAGAUGUACACCAGAGAAUACAUCGCCUUAAGCAGAACUUGCCAAAAAGAAAAGCAGGAUUUAUGGCCAAAUCAUACGACCCAAUUGCACCAGUAGCGGAGGAAAUAAGUGAAGAGGCUGCUCUCCUAUGUUUUGAUGAAUUUCAGGUCACUGACAUUGCUGAUGCCAUGAUUCUGAAGCAGCUUUUUGAAAAUCUGUUCCAAAAUGGGGUUGUCGUUGUGGCAACAUCUAACAGGCCGCCAGAAGAUCUCUAUAAAAAUGGUCUUCAGAGAGCUAAUUUUGUACCAUUCAUUGCUGUGCUGAAGAAAUACUGCAACACAGUCCAGCUUGAUUCUGGCAUAGACUAUAGGAAACGAGUGCUUCCCGCUGCUGGAAAACUCUACUACCUCACAAGUGAAGCUGAUGUGGAGGCUGUCAUGGAUAAGUUGUUUGAUGAGCUGGCUCAGAAACAAAAUGAUUUAACUAGACCAAGGAUUCUAAAAGUGCAAGGCAGAGAGCUGAGGCUGAAUAAAGCGUGUGGAACCAUUGCAGACUUCACGUUUGAAGAGCUGUGCGACAGACCUCUUGGGGCCAGUGACUAUUUGGAGAUAUCAAAGCAUUUUGACACGGUCUUUGUUCGCGACAUCCCACUUCUUACAAUGGCAAAAAGGACCCAAGCUCGUCGUUUCAUUACUCUCAUUGAUACCUUUUAUGAGCAUAAGGUGCGUAUUGUUUGUUCUGCAGUGACACCUCUCCAAAGCUUGUUCCUGGUAGAACAUGACAGUGGAGAGCAAGAGGACAACAGAGUGUUGAUGGAUGAUUUGGACUUGAGCCAGGAUUCCGCCAAAGGACUCUCCAUGUUCACAGGAGAAGAAGAAAUCUUUGCCUUUCAGCGCACUGUCUCACGGCUCACAGAAAUGCAAACUGAACAGUACUGGAAAGAUGGGGACAGAAGCAAAAAAUCGUUGUAAUCAGAAGUUUAAUAAAGUCACCAAGGACUAAAAUUACAGAAUUUGAAAGCUUUUUAGCACAACUGAAAUAAUAAUUGCACUUUAUUAUCUGGACCAUGUUCUCUUUCAUCAGUUGUUUUUUGCGUUUAAAACAUGAGGACUCAGUUAUUUUUCUGCACCACCAGAGUGUGGACAUGUGAAAUUUUGCCUUUAUUUUCUUUUCUGUAAAAUAUAACUUUGACAUUCAGGAAAUUUAAUGGGAUUAGAAUUUUUCUGGAGAAUUGGUCUAGAGACAAAGUUAAUGGGCCAUGCAGGGUUCACAGUAGAUUUAUGAUGUCAUGUGAAGAGGGCACUUUGUGGUUCCUGCCGUGCUGUCACGGCAGUUUGCAUGAAAGAGAAAUCAAGUGCUUUCUUUAUGAAACUCCUGGUAUUGUAUGGGUCCUUGCUAGAAUCCUGGAAUUCCUCUGUAGUUUAUUCUGGGGUUUUUUUUUCCUAUUUUCUGUGUGUAGCCAUCUGCUGACUUUCAGAGUGCAAGAGUUUCUUGUAAUCAGGCAGCUGCUCAGUCUGGUUCAUUGAAAACUAAAACCACAAGAGAACCCUGGGGAACAGCUUGAGGGUACAUGAAAACGCACAGGAUUAUGAUCUAAGUAAUCAUGUUUGGGAAAAGAAACUGUGAUAAGACAGGGUAUACUGUAAUAUAUAAGUGCAAGUUAAUACUCUUCCUAAAUUCUGCAGUUUUUGCAAGCUUGGAUAUGGUGCCUCUACACCAGUCAUGUAUCUGUAACCUGAAUUUUCUCAGGUUUCAUCUAUACCAAACCUUCAGUUGCUGCUGGGUCACCUCCCCUCAUCUGGGGAGCGCAGUACGUGGUACUGCUGAGGCAAUUCAUCGUGUUGCCAUAGGAAUAUGUUUUACGGAGAAGACAGACGGGGUAUUAACCGAUACCUCAAAACACGUCGCCUGUCUCAUGUUUGUAGCUGGAAACUUUCUUUUAGUUAAAAAUGCAGUUGUGUCAUUCUUGGUUUUAAUCUAACUGAAACAAAAUAUGGUAUUGCGUGUAUUGGCUUAUAGUGUGUUUUUAUAAAAAGUCAUUUUAAGAGUAUAAUUAGAAACCCUGAACAGGGAAAAGUAUUAUGCAGAUGGACUGAAAAGAUUGCCCUAAUUCUUCGGGAGGAAAAGAAAUUGAGGAUUUUUCUUUGAUUUUGCAACAUGACUAUUCUCUCGUACUGUAGCGGUUAUCAAAAUAUUUUUCUCUGCCCUUAUUAAGCCUGAUUAAAUUGUUUCAGUUGUAGCCCCCAUCCUAAUUACAGAAAGCUUUUAAAAGGUGCUUCUGAGGGGCAGGGAGGACUGGAGAGGUCCUGUGCACUUCCAUGUGUUGUGGCAACACACAUGGUUUGGAACCACGUGCUCAAGACUGGUUUUCUGUUCUGAUCACUUCUGUUUAUCCUGGAGGUUACUUAUACUGGCUAUACCUGUUCUUCAAAGAAUUUUUAGAACCUGUAUUUAUAGUUGACAACAUAUGCAACUAUGUUGUUAUUCCCACAAGGGUGACAACCACGGAAAAUUUUAAUGCAUAUUUAUGAAAACCCCAAUCAGAAUACAUCGCUUAUACUUAAGAAUACAUCCAAAUAAUUGAUGUAUAUUUUGAGAGAUUUGUAUUAGGUUUCUCAACAGGGGGACUAUUGAGAUUCAUACAUGUGUGUCUGUAUAUGCACACACAUAUGUAUACUUAAUUUAUAUAAAUAUAUAAAAAAUUAAUAUAUAUAUAAAAUUUGUGUGUGGUUCUAUAUUUAUACAUGGCAGCCUAUACUCGUCAGCCUGGGCCUGUGCUGAUGACUCUCCUGAAGUUUCAGCCAUUACUUUUUUUCUAGUAGCCUUCAAAUGCCUUCUGCCUUGUCUGACCCAGAAUGUAUUGUGGGAAAAUGGGAGGUGGUGGUAGAUAUCCUAAAGCACCUAUUUAUUUGCAGUUCUUUUAAAACCUGUUUAUAUGUUUAGCCUGUAUGUCCUCUUCUGCCAUGUGGUACAGGGGAAGUGCAUAAUCUUGCACAACACAAGUGAGACAUUUGGGAUGUGUGAGAGAGGAGGUCCUGGCAGGUUGUGCAUCCCCACGAGACUGUCUUGGGUCAGGGAAGUCAAGUGUUUCUCCAUGGUCUGUGUGGGUGGUGACCAUCCUUUAACCAGGGGAUCCUUGGAGCCCCUCAGGCACAUCUGUUUGUAUUCAAACUGGUACAGCCUUGCCCAUCAGUAUGAGGCUUUCCUGCAAUCUGAGCACUCAUCGCAGGACUCAGGUACCUCAGGUUUUUGGAAGCUCAUAAAUGCAGUGGGACUGAUAUAUUGUUGAUCAUAGAAUUAUGUUGGUUGAAAGAGACCCUUAAGAUCAUUUAGUCCAGCCAUAACCUAACUCUAGCAUUAAACUGUGUCUCUAAGAGCCUCAUCUGUAAGGCUUUUAAACACCUUCAUGGAUGGUGACUCCACUUCUUCCCUGGGCAGCCUGUUCCAGUGCUUCACAACCCUUUCCCUGAAUACAUUUUUCCUAAUUUCCAAUCUAAACCUCCUCUGGCACAACUUGAGGCCAUUUCCUUUUGUUCUAUCCCUUGCAACUUGGGAGAAGAGACCAACCCCCUCCAUGCUACAACCUCCUUUCAGGUAGUUGUAGACAGUGCUAAGGUCUCCCCUCAGCCUCCUUUCCUCCAGGCUGAACAGCCCCAGUGCCUUGAUCUCUCUCAAGCCACAGGAGGGAAGUUCCCAAAAGCUUCCAGAGCCAGCACUGCUUCCAAACCAUGUUGCUGAAUAAAAAUCAUAGUGCAGCCUUUCCAUGGCCAGCCAGGAAGCCGUCUGCUGGCGAUCAUUGGCGGGUGCCAGCAGUAAUGAAGGAGAAGAAACUGAGAAUAUUCCAGAAGUGGUUUGGGGCUGAAAACAAUAAAAGCUCCUUAAAUCAUUGUGCAGUAUUUGUGGUUGCACUGCAGUGUGUGGAUUGCCACAUUUUAGGUCAGGACCACAAAGAGAGAUUGAUGGGACCAAUUUGUCAGCCAGCCCGGAUGCCAGGGCAGAGAUCCCCACAGUAACCGCAGAAGCAGCACGUUUAUGUCGGUCUAGUUUCCUGAAGAAAGUGAGACCCUGUAUGUGUAUUUUACGAUGCUGCUAGUGAUGUUGUAGCACGCAUGAAGUCUCCUUCCAGCAUUGGAUUUGGAGGAGCUGCUUCUGAGACCAGACAGCUCCCAGGCUACUGGUGCUGGCCGGAAUGUGUCACUGGGGCACGAUGGACACCACUGGGCAUGUCCUGCCCUGGGAUGAUGGGUCACCUGCACUCCCAGCAGUGCUGUCCCCUGGCCCACUCCUUGCUGCUCUAAGACAGCAGCAUUCAAUAGCUUCUUAUUCCUACAUUAACAAGUUGUAUUUGCCCAAAUGUAAACAGUGUGAAUAAGUUACGCACAUUCCUUAAUGGCCUUAAAAUUGCUGGGUUUGUGCUGGGUGCUUCUAUCCCAAAUUCAAGUAUUGGCUUUUCAGGUGGUUCUUAACUUGGCAAAUUAAUAUCCUCUCAGAUCUGCAACAUGUUUUUAUUUCCCUUUUAGUCACUCAGCAAACAUUAUUGCCAAGUUAUUUUUAAAGGUCUUUUCAAGGAACCUCACUGGUGUGGUAUGAUAUUUUGCUGUCACAGGACAUAAAAUCCUUGUGAUUAUGGACCAUGUAAAAUGUUUCAUGUUGGUUUAUAAAGGCCACAUCCUGGCUAGGAAUCUCUCAACUAACUUAUUUUGAAUACUUGAUUGACAAAGGAAUGUUCCCAAUGCCUGAAAAUUCAAAUUACAGCUUCUGUGAACAUAGUUACCCUAUCCAUGUAGGCAUUUUAUCUUUAAAGCUGUAUUUUCAUUUUGCAUUCUUGUGAAGUAGCUCUUAUCUUUUUUUUUUUUUUUUUAAUAAAUAACGCAAUUCCGUCUUUCAAAGCUACAGGUUUUCUGAAUUUACACUUGCAGAGAUCAAGGGAACAAUUGCAGUAAUUUGGGUAUAAUGAGACAGCCUUCCAAAGGUCUUUGGAGCGAUUGAAGAUGCACUUCUUGCUGUUGUUGCUUUUUGUCCUAAAAAGGAAAACCACUAAUGACGCGGGUUUUUUGAGUAAAGGUGAUAAUAAUGGUGAUAGGUGAUAAUAUAGCUGGAUAGAUGUCACCUAUUUUGCAGCAAUUUAAACAUGAAAAAACUGACCAGAUUUCAAACAGUGCUCGGCACGGUCACCAGGCAUCUAACAAGGAGAAAGGCUACUCGCUCCAUCAAGACCUGUUGAAGAGGAUCAAGAUCCAGGAGUUUUCUUUCUGCAGCUAUCUGGAGCGGAAUAAUCCCGGUGCCUCAGUUUCCCUGUUGCUAAAAUGGGAAUUAUGUUACUUUCUCAUUUGCCAACACUGGAGUGCUGCCAGGCUUCACUCAUUAAUAUUCUAAGAUGCUUGCUGAGGCUCUGGAACAAAAAUACUUCAGUAAAGUAGGUAAAUAGUGCAAAAAAAAACCUUAACUACUCAAAGGGGAUUAGUUUCCUUGUUUGGGUUACAGAAUUAAUGCUAUCACAGAAUGUUAGGGAUUGGAAGGGACCUCGAAAGAUCAUCUAGUCCAAUCCCCCUGCCGGAGCAGGAACGCCUAGAUGAGGUUACACAGAAAGGCGUCCAGGCCGGUUUUGAAUCAACUAAACACCGUGUGCCUCUUUGUAGUGGUGAUUUUUUUAAUGCAUCUGUUUUAAAGAAAAUAAAUUCUGAGAUUUCUGAUUAAAAUCCUAACCAAUUAAUGUAAUUUUUCUUCUACCUGCAAUGAUGGAUUUCGUGUAAGAUUCAUUACAACCCUAGCUCCUGUACUUGGGAACUGCAGUGGCUUUGUAAAUUCUGUUGAAAUUUUCUUUGUGUUAUAUGCUGAGAAUUUUUUUUCUAAAUACAUACAUUUGAAUCUGAUCUAUAUAAGAAACUGAACACUGUUAAAUCCUUCUGUUAUUUGAGAAGAAUUUAGUUGUAAUUAAGAAAAAAUAUUAAAUCCGGAUUUUAUAAACAUUA